UUUCUAUUUUAAAAAUAGAUAAAAUUAUUUUUUUACAAAGUUAAAUAAAAAUAAUUAUAAGGAUGUUGAUAUCCAUGCAUAUUGUGUAUUAAAAGAAUCAAUGUAUCAAUGAUGAAAUAUGACGUUUCUCCAUGUAUACAAUAGUUUGCGCAACAUUAAACGACGAACCCGCAUUUUACUUCCUCUUUUCUUCCGCUCGCAAGACAUACAUAAUUAAAUAAACAACGAUAAAAAUUUCGAUGUACAAAAACAUCCUCAUUCAUGAACCCAGGUAUAAAAAUCCUCACUUUCAACAGCACAUAACAUCGCCGUUUGUAACACUUAUCCAUAAAGAUACAGACGGUAAAAUGAACGGAAGAGCUAUCUUGAAUUGUGUUCUCAUAAUUCUUUUCAUCAUAGCUACUUUUGAAAUUACUGAAGCAUGUAAAAAAUGCGGUCAAGAUGUGUGUGGUUGUAAUUCACAUGGAGGACAUCACAUUGGUUUGACAGUAGGAAAUCAUCAUCCUCAUUCAGGACUUUGCCAUUCAGGCAGAUAUGGGUACAGUUGCAGUCAUCAGAGUGGUCAUCAUCCUGGUGGUAUCCACCCUGGCUUUCAUAACUGUGGUGGUGUCCAUAUAGGAGGUGGUUAUGGACUACAUGUAGGACAUAUUGGAGGAGGAUAUGGAUUAGGAGGUGGUAACUACAUAUUAGGCGGCUAUGGAUCAGUACCUUCUAUUUGCAGUAUAUGCGGAGGUUAUGCAUAUAAUGGUGGUUUUCUACGAAGACGCCACUGGAAACCUCGAUGCCGUUGCUAUUAGUUUUUUCUUUGUAAUUAUUCUUUUUACAAUUUAUGUGAA